AUGGAUGACAGUCUCUUUGCCGAGCUCCGCAGCGGGAAUACCACACUUCGGACAGGCCGUCAACACAUUCGCCUGCAGCUACCGGAACUCCUGCGUGCGGCUGCUGCUGCUGUAGAGUGCAACGCCGACGUAGGCGGCCCACAGCUGGCGGUCUCUGUCCCAAUCGGAGCCAGUGUGGGCGAGGCGCUGGCUGCGGCUGCGGCCGAGCUGACCAGCACAGAUGGCAGCAUUGCUGCCGCCGGUGAGAUCAAGCUUGAGCUCCCAAGCCCUAUCCAUGUCGGCAAGGUGGUUGGCGAUGGCGAUGGUUGGGGUGCUGCGGUCGGUCGUGGUCCCGCCUCGGCGGAGCCUGGCGGCAUGGAAGCUUGGCUCCACGCCCGGACUGUCCAGCACAGUCUGGCGCGGGCAGCCGAUGAUUUGCCGUCUGGUGCUAUUGUCUCGAUGGUUGUUCCACCGAGGUGGGCAGCGCGUGGUAGGAAGCUCCUGCUCUUGGCCCACGGCUUUCGCAAGGUCGGUACAGUGCGAUCGGCCGAGCUUGACGUCGACGAUCCGUUUGUGGCUGGCCAGCUGCAGCGUGGAAUGGCGGUGGCAAUCACCUCGUAUCGUCGCGAGGGCCGCAUCGUCCGUGAUGCGGUCAAAGACAUGAUCGAUCUUCGCCAGUGGGCGGCCAACCAUCUGCCGCAGCCGCCUGUCCGGGUUGUGGUUGAGGGCCGGUCCAUGGGCGGCGCCGUCGUGGUCCACCUCGCCGAGUCGGCAGCUGCCGCCGAGUUUGAUGGCAUCGUCGCCAUCGGCGCGGCCUUGCUUGUUUGUGAGGACGACGAUGAGGGGUAUGCCUUUAGUCACGCGCCGCGGCUCCCGAUCGUCUUUCUGGCCAACGAGUCCGAGGUCUCUGUUGUCGACAGCUAUGUGGAGCGGGUGGUGGCGGUCGCCAACGCCGAGGCCGCUGAUCGCGUCGACUCGGGCAUUGUGGUCCCGGCAGUUUGGCAGGUUCCACGCGAUGGCCACAACCUUGUGGCUUGGCUGGAGCGUUCAACAGCACACGACAAGCUGGCGACAUGGGUGGACCAUGCGUCGCUGGUCACUCUCCGUCGGCGUCACAUCCUGAUGGAGCCGCCACUGGUCGGCGAGACUGCGGUACCGGUCGGUAGAACCAAGAUCCGUGCUGUUGUUGGUGCUGUCCAUCCAGUCCACCGCUCGUUUGUCCUGGACGUGACGCGUGCACGGCUUGGUGACCUUGGUCAUCGACCAGGCAAGGCGUUCUCGCUCGCCACCGCCGGCGAAAGUGCCCUUGUCCGCGUCUUCUACUCGACCUAUCCGUUUGGCGAUGUGCCGGCGGAUGCCUUUAUGGCGUACAACCACCCUGACGGCCACAUCGUCGUCACUCAGAAGGGCUGGUACAAAGUCCACACCCCCGCCGAUACUCUCGGCCUUGUCCCAGGUGCCAUUGUCACCAUCGGGCCGGCGCUCCCAGCCUCGGCCACCGACACGCUGCCAAAUCCCCCUGCCGCCGCAUCCGGGGCCUCGUCGUCGGCAUAG